AUGAAUCAGAUGAAUCACGAGGGUGCUGCGGCACCCGGGCAGGCACUAGAGCAGCCGCAACAGCAGGAGGCUCCAGCGGGGCAGGCAAACGGGCAGCCAGGCGAGGCCGCCGUCCCUGCCGCAGCGGCGGCGGCGGCGGGAGCUCCUCCCUCCCAGCAACAGCCUGCCGCCCAGCAGCAGCAGCAGCAGCAGCAAGGGCAGCGGCCAGCAGGCACUGCAGCUGUUGAGCCCGCCACAGGCGGCGAUGCAAACGGCGCCGACGGCGAGCAUGGCCCCGCGCUCAAGAAGCGGCGGCUGACGCCGCCACCCGACUUUAGCUACGAGCCAAGCGCUGCCGUGGACCUUGUGCUCAAGACAGCAGACGGCAAGCGCCUGGGCGUGCACCGCCUCAUCGUGCUGCGCUCCUGUGGCUUCUUCCGUGCACUGCUGGACGCAUGCGAGGAGGCAGAGGUGGCUGUGCCCGAGGGGUUCGAGGAGGUCAAGGCGCACCUGCUGGACAUCAUCUACUCCCGAUCCGUGCUCAUCAAGCCCGAGAUAGCCAUGAAGGUGUUCCAGCUGGCGGACAAGUACGAGGCUGAGGACAUCAUGCAGGCGUGCAGGCCGGUGUUCAUGAGCGAGGCCUUCAAGAUGCGCAUCGCCACGCCGGCGCCCGAGCCGGCCUUCCCCUUUGGCAUGGGCGCCUCGGCGGCGGCGGCGGCUGCGGCGCACGCCGAGUGGCUGGAUGUGCUGGCGCUGGCCAGCAAGCACCGGUACGAGGACCUGUUCGACAAGGCCACAGACUUCCUGGUGGAGGAGUCCAAGGACGCGGAGUGCCUGCCGGUGGAGGCGGCGACAGUGCUGAUGCGGGGCAAGGAGCAGCUGGCGCAGCUGCACCAGUUCCACCUGCUCAAGCUGGUCGCCACCUUUGCGCUGUGCACACACAACAUGCACAAGAAGAUGAACAAGGAAGUGGAGGAAACCAACAGCAAGUUGAAGGACAGCCAGGGUCUGGUCGCCAAACUGGAGAAGAAGGCGAGCGACCGCCUGGCCCGCACAGUGGCGGAGCGGCAGAAGACGUACAUGAAGCUGCUGGCCAAGUUCAACCGCCUUGUGAACCGGUGCGAGAAGGAGGGGCUGACCUGGCACAGGGAGCUGGACCCAAAGGAGCCGGGCGGCAAGAAGAAGAAGAAGGCUGCGGCGGCAGCAGCGGCGCCGGCGGCAGCAGGCGCCGCUGCGGCAGUCGGCCCCGCUCAGUGA